CUUGGAUGGCAUCCAGUUAGACGUUCUUUUCCUCGUUAGCCGUUAAGAGGUACUUGUAUCUUUGGAAUACUAAAAGUUUGCUGAACUCGAGAUGGACACAAAGCUCGCCUUCAUUUCCGGACUCAUCAUGAUCCCCACGAUAUCAGGCGCCCUGACCUUCAAUGCAACUCUAAUAUGUAGCUUGGUGGUCAACGGAACCAAGAUGAACGAUCCUCGGGCGUGCAACGCGUGGAUUCAGUGCAUCGAUGGGAGCCCUGUGAGUGGUAGCUGUGCGACUGGACUCUUCUACGACCGGGAGAGCCAGAAAUGCCUGAGUUCCAGUAGUAUCAAGUGUCUGUCCAGUGAUCCGUGCGCUGCUCUGCCCACCGGAUUCGCGGCUGAUCCGUACUCCUGCAAUGGUUAUUACUAUUGCAAGGAUGGCAAGGGGACGCACGGAGUGUGCAACACUGGGAUGAAUUUCAAUUCGGGAACGCAGGACUGCAUCCGCGAUUUUCCGUGCUCGAAUAAAAUGGACCCGGAUAGCUAUUGCAACAUCUUGCCGGAUGGGGUCUUCGUCAAGGACACGGACAACUGCAAUGGCUAUCAGUUGUGCUGGGAUGGCCAGGUGAUCAAUGGAACCUGUCCGGGCACCUUCUACUUCAAGGCCUCCACGGCCCAGUGCGAUUAUCCGCAGAAUGUGGAGUGUGACUUCGUCCCAGUGCCAGAUAUUAGCAAGAAGGGUGUAUGUCCAGAGACGGGUGGAUUUAUAUCGGAUAACAAGACCUGCAAUGGCUACUACUACUGCAAGGAUUUGGGCAAUGGAGAGUUCUCGCUGGAGCAUGGCGUCUGCUCCGAUGGAAGAUUUUUCCUGGCCACCGAUGGCGGAGCCUGUGUCCCGCGAUCCAAGGUGAAAUGCGGCUACGAUCGAUGCGUGGGCUUGGGCAAUUCCACCAUUCAGCUGGCCAACGAGUCGGAUGAUGGCUGCAGGGGCUACUCGAUCUGCCAGGAUGGCAUCGUCAUUGGCCAAGGAACUUGUCCGCAGGACGAGUACUUCGACGAAAUAACCCAACGGUGCACCACCCAGGUCAUAUCAUAUACCGCCUGUCAGAUAUCGGAGGCAACCACCGGGUCCCAAGUUCCAAGUGGCACCACCACCACCACCAGCAGCACCAUCACUAGCACCACCAUUGCGGUCCCGGUGUCGUGAGCAGCUCCUCAUAAGUAUAAGUAGUGCUGUUAUCAGGCCCAAGUCCCAUACAAAUUAUAGAUCAGCUCUUUGUUUAGAUUUCGUGGAAUUGAUCACAAUACAAACAUCUGAAUUUUCAAAUGUAUUUAGGUAUAAAAAGAUUAUUUCGAAAAGCUUAGUUGUACGAUUAAAAGUUGACUCAUUUGUGAACCAUCCGAGCCAUAAUAUAAUCUUAUCCCGCCUGCCAGAAAACGUCGGCUGAUGAAUGGCACUAUCAGCAAUAUUUUGGUCUCGUGAGCGACGUACGCAAUCAGUUUUAAUUAGACAGUUUGUUUUUUCGACGCCGAUACAAUAAAUAUAAGUGGUGUAAUCAGGCGCAAUAACGAUUAAGUUACCAGAUCACCUCUGGGCCAAGAUUUCCUUGAAUCGAUUGCCGAGCAAGACACUCGGUAACGUGAAACCGUGAUGUCAUACUCAAGAACACCACUUGGAAAUUUGGCGAUGGGAAAGUACCAGGGAGGUAGCCAUUGGAUCCCAUUCAUGGCCCAUACAUGGGUGAUAUCACCGUUUUUAACAACUGCAAUAGGAGAUUUGAAUGGAAAAGUACGAAGUUAUCGUACUACAAAGUUGAUUAUUCAAACCACUUUAUUCAUUAGGCACCAU